AUGUCAACACUAUUUCGUACUAUCGCCAUUGUCUUAAUACACUCGCUAAUUAUUGUAAAUAGUGCUAAAAUAUUAGCUGUAUUUUCUAAUCCCUCGUACAGUCACCACCAAGUAUUUAAUAGCUUAGUUGACGCAUUUCUUGAUGACGGUCACGACGUCGUGGUCAUCACAGUAUGGCCGGUGUAUCCAAAAGAACAAGUACCAGCAAACCUCACACAAAUUGAUGUUAAAGACAUAAGCCUCAAGAUAUGGAAUGAGGACAUUUCAAAAAUAAUGAUGGAAGCUGGAACCGACAUGAUCACAUUAUGUGGUAAAACGUUGAAAAUAUUUAUAAAAAUAAUGGUAAAACAAUUCGAAGCGAACGAAGUGAUCAAGCUAUUUGGAAACGACAACUUCACCUUCGAUUUGUUAGUAACGGAAUCAUUAAUGAAAAUGCCUUUAAUGAUAUCCCAUUACUACAAAGUGCCUGUGAUAGAGAUAAAUUCCUUCGGACCAAUAUACGGUGACAUGGCUAACUUCGGAGCUCCGUCGCAGCCGCGGAUGUAUCCUCAAUCUAUGCGAAAAAGAAUCUACAAUCUUACACUAUUAGAAGAAUUAUCAGAACUGUAUAUAGAUCUUGGUAUGCAAGAUCUGACUUUCAACCAGCUGUACUUAGAUGCACAUGACGCAAUGAAAGAAACGAUCUUCAAAUCAGCACCAAUUAUUGAUGUUUUGCAAGAUAAUGUACACUUGUUAUAUGUGAACACAAAUCCUAUUUGGGACGUCAUUCGACCGGUACCACUUCCUGUAAUUUAUACCUAUGGGAUACAUCAAAAACCACACAAGGAGCUGCCCAAAGAGUUAUCAUCAUAUUUGGACUCUUCAGCUAAAGGAGUGGUGUACGUGUCAUUCGGGACGAGUGCGGACGUGAAGUUGUAUUCAGAAAAAGUACAAAUAUUACUCAACGCUUUCUCGAAGCUACCAUAUGACUUCCUCCUCAAAUGGCCCGAAGAUGUACUGGCAGGAAAGCCAGAUAACGUUAAAAUAGCCAAAUGGCUGCCACAAGCAGAUCUUUUGAAACAUCCCAAUGUGAAGGUGUUUAUAACACAGUGUGGUAUACAAUCGACCGAUGAGGCGAUCGAUGCAGGCGUACCUUUAAUAGGAAUGCCGUUAGUUUGGGACCAGUGGGCGAACGCUGAAAGAUAUGUUGUACAUAAAAUAGGAAUAAAACUUGAAAUUAAUGACGUUACUGAAGAAGAAAUGAUUAAUGCUAUCAAUACUCUGAUUACUGAUACAAGCUACCGUCGCAAUAUAAUAAAACUCCGAGAAUUACUACUGGACGCGCCGCAGACUUCGCAGGAGCGAGCCCUCUGGUGGGCACACUAUCUGUUGAGACACGGCGGCACAAAACACCUGCGGGCGCCCGCCGCCUGUAUGUCCUACUCUGAAUUCUUCGAAAUCGAGCUGUUUUCGAUACUAUUUGCUUGUAGUGCUCUAAUAAUUAUUAUAAUUCGCCUUCUACUUAUAAAAUAUUUGUUACCAUCUUACUAUCACGGUGUUGCCUGGUUCAAAAGUAAAUUUGUACACGUUGAUUAUAAAUUAAAAAGGUAA